UCAAUCUCAAUUACUCUGGGAUCGCAAGCAGCUUUCUUUUCCUGCCAUGUGUGGGCGGCAGGAGGAUGUCUCCAACGCAGACAAGAAGAAAGCAUUUGCUCAUUCAUUGAAACCAUCGUUCCAACAUCGGAGGACGGCGGGUGAGAUCCAUCGCUGUCGAAAAGGCCAGCGCACCGACAUCAAGCCGACUGAGUGGGACAAAUUUGGUUAUGCGCAAAAGGAAGAUGUUUUGAACCGAGAAAUUGUCUACGACUCGCAGACCCUCCCAAUUCCACGUGUAAAAAGAAAUGACAUCACUCCUGAAGAAUUCUUCAAGGAGUUUGCGGAGAAAAAGAGGCCUGUGAUCAUCGAGGAUGCCUGCUCCACAUGGCCGGCUUCAAGCCGCUGGUCCCUGGAGGCUCUGGAAGAAAGGUUCCGGCACAUCGACUUCAAAGUGGGGAAGACCGACAAGGGAAAGAACAUCCAGCUGAAGAUGAAGUACUUCAUUGAUUACUGCCGGCACCAACAAGAUGACAGUCCACUCUACUUGUUUGAAACAAAGAUCGAUGACACGAGUUCGAUGCGACAUUUGCUGGACGACUUUGAGAUGCCCGAUCUCUUCCCGCACGAUUGGUUUGCAUUGAUGAACCAUGAUGCCCGACCCCCCCACCGCUGGUGGUGCAUCGGGCCCAAGCGAUCUGGGACCACCGUGCAUACCGAUCCUCUGGGCACCGCGGCCUGGAAUGCGGUGACGCAUGGAGUGAAGCGGUGGGUGCUCUUCGAGCCCAGCACACCCAAGAGGAUUGCAAAGGCCAAAGAUAUGGUGCAGAAAGGUGAAGAUACGGAGGCGAUCAUGUACUUCGACUUCCUACUGCCGCGCCUGAAAGAAGCCUAUCCUGAUGUCCGAUGCUACGAAGGCUUGCAGCAUCCGGGCGACCUCAUCUUCGUGCCUGGGGACUGGUGGCAUGGGGUUCUGAACUUAGAGGAUUGUGUUGCCGUCACGCAGAAUUAUUGAAUCUGGGCAGCAAGGUUGAGGGAUAUUGGUGGGCAAGCAGCGACACGAAGCGACCCACUCUUGAACCAGAGGUUGGAGAUGGCUCAAGAGUCAAGACGGACAUAAAUUUGUCGCAGUAGCGCACGGUUGACCCAAAAAUGGGUGCGGCAGCCAGCGUGAAGAUGCGUGAGCUAGAAGAAACCCGAGAUGCUCCGAAGCAGAACUGCCUAAAGGUGCCACCUCAAAGGAGCUAUCGAGUACUUUCUCUUGAAGAUGAGGUCCUGCAAAAAGCAGUCGCUGAGGCCCACGUGAAUGCAACCGAAAACAGUGAGAAUUCCCCUUGCGACCCGACGACAAGGGAUCUUCCACGAGAGCGGAGUUUCAGAGUCGUUUCAUUUGACAUGGAAGGCCUUGGAACUGUACACAUACAGAGCAGUGACAGUGACCCCGACGGACUGGUUAUGUCUACGGCGUCACCGUCUCCAAAGUGAAAGCUCACUAUCUGACCCUGAACAGACACGUCAAGUACUACGACUGACGUGCUUUCACUGGGACACGAAGACGUGAGCCGCCAAUCAACAUAUGUUUGCGCCCGUGAUUUUUCAUGCUAAAGAAACCAUGUGCUGUUUGGUUCAGAAUGUGCCCGAGUGGUUGCUGACUUGCUCUUCUUGUUGUUCUAGAAAACAGAGUUGGGCGUGAAAAUCUUCUCAAAGUUUGUGUGGCUUUGCUAAACAGCAAUGCUUACCCAGAGCAUCCUCUAGACUUUCUUGUGCAGCUUCAACACAAAGUCUGGGAGGUUUUUGGCUUUUGGCGUAUUCCGAAAGAGAGAGAGGGGGAAAGAAAGAUAUUUCUGGCAGCAUUGCAAUUUGUUUGCCACAAAAA